UUUUAUCUCCUGAUAAGACAUAUUGUGUGGAGUCACUCUGCACAUGCUGUUUGGUGUGUAUUGCUAGAGGUUUUUUUUUUUUUUUUUUUUUUUUGGGAGAGUGCAUGUGAUCAGCACAGGGCCAAUCAGCACUGUUCAGACAGAGGUAAGGGAUUCUGCAUCCUCCUAGAGGACACUGGACACUGAUAGAAGUCACAAGACUGCUCUAACUGCUGAUGAGAAAAGGUAUUUAGCAGUUUAUAUAUUUAGCAAAAUAAUUGCAUUUCUGUGUUACAAGAUAUAGUGAAUGCAGGGUCCGGGGAGACCGGGGAGAACAGAUAUAGUGAAUGCAGGGUCCGGG